UCAUCCGGAGGUUUGGUGCGUUCAGGGCUCCGUCACAUUCUCCGUCCGUCUGACUGCGCCUUAUCGCCGCUCUGCCAUCGUUCUCCGUUAGCUCAUGGUCGGCAUUAGCCUGCUCCCUGAAACACACAGUUGGCGCUGACUUGGUUGUUGCGGUCCAUGGCAGUAUUUUUUUCCCCUUCUGGUAGCCCCACCACUCUUUAAAAAUUCCGUCUAAAAAGAAAAAGCGCUCCGUCCCCUGUCCUCGCGCGUCUUCUCCCAACGUGUACAACUACCCAGAAGAUCUAGGGGCGGCUCUUUACAGAGAGCCGUUUGACUUCAACGCUGAGCCGCCUUGGGAUCCGAGCUGAUACUGGACGCCUUCAGCCCGGGACCCCUCCAUGUGGUUUGUUGCAUAGCUCCAGGACCCCAGGGGCUCAAGGGAACAGGAAAUAAGGUCUUUUAGGACGAUCCACAUUUUUUAUGCCCGUCGGAUUCCAAGAAAACGGCUGAGAGGAUGAAGGGAAUUGCAGAUGAGCCUCAGUAUUCUGUGGGGCUUCUCGAUGGAGGCACUGCCCUCUGUGACGUGAUUGACAAUUACAUUGAUGAACAAACUGUGUCUGAGAAGAAUGCGUUCUUUGUAGCAGACCUGGGCGCUGUAAUGAGGCAGCAUGUUCGCUGGCGAACCCGCAUGCCCCUCAUCCGACCGUACUACGCUGUCAGAUGCAACAGCAGCCCAGCUGUGAUUGAACUGCUUGCUUCCCUUGGCUCUGGAUUCACAUGCUCCAACAAGUCCGACCUUGAACUGGUGCUGAGUCACGGGGUUUCCCCUGAAGAUAUCAUCUACAGUGGUGUUUGUAAACAGGUGUCCCACAUAAAAUAUGCUGCCACCAAUGGCAUCGACCUCCUGGUGUGUGAUAACGAAGCGGAACUGCGCAAGAUUUCUCGCUGCCACCCUGGAGCCAAGCUGUUGCUGCAGGUUUCCACAGAGGCCUCCAACCCAGAGGAGGGGACGAGUGUGACCUUUGGCUGUUCUCUGAAGGACAGCAGGUGUCUGCUGCAGAGAGCUAAGGAGCUUGGAGUGCAGGUGGUGGGGGUCCGGUCCAACAUUUCCAGCUCCUGUGAGGACGACCAGGUUUACCUUCGUGCCAUCUCUGAUGCCCGCUGCAUUUAUGACCUGGGGGCGGAAAUGGGCUUCAACGUGAACAUUUUGGACAUUGGAGGUGGAUUCAACGGCGCUGAGGCACAGCUGGACCUGAUUCACAGUGCUGUCAUGUCUGUGGUGGACCUGUACUUCCCUUCUUCAUCUGGAGUCUCCCUCAUUGCUGAGCCUGGCAGCUUCUUUGUGUCUUCUGCCUUCACUCUGGCGGUCAGCGUCAUCUCCAAGAAGGUGGUGGCCCGCGAUGCCAAAGACCAGGAACGAGAAGAGCCGUCUCCCGACGAGGAGCCAGAGAUCCAGUACGUCCUGAACGAGGGGGUGUAUGGAUCCUUUUCCAGCAAACUCUCCGAAACACCGAUCGGGGCUCCAUCUGUUCACAAGAAGACGUUGGUGGACGCUCCGCUCUUCAGCAGCAGUCUGUGGGGUCCUUCAGGAGAUGAUCUGGACCAGGUGGUGGAGCACUGCUUGCUGCCCGAGCUUCACAUUGGAGACUGGCUUGUGUUCAAACAUGCCGGGGCCUUCAGUCUGGGUCAGCCGUUGUUGGCCUCCACGGACUCACCACCGCCCCCCAUCUUCUAUUUCAUCUUCUCCAGAGACUGGUUUGAGAUGCAGGACACGGGUGUCAUGCAUGACACCACGCUAAAGAACCUUUCGUUGGUCCCCUACUUUUUCAAUUCUUCCCAAACUGGAGCUGCGCUGUCGGUGCCAGCUUAGGUCACCUGGGCAGGAAGGCUUCAGUGUCUGUCGCUGGUUCAUGCUGCUACCAUCCCUUGAUGUGCAGUGAUGGAUUCAACCAAAUGUGCACACAAUGUUAGACCUGCUUCACCUGAACUUCCAUGUAAAACACGUGAUAAGACCUGGACACCAUCUGUUAGUAUUGCAACAACACGGAUGACUCCAAACAUGCUUUCAGCAAUAAAAACCUUCCCACUAUUGCUUUGGCUUUAGAAAAAGCUUUGCUGCUGCCGUUUUUGUAAAGUUAGAUGCUGAUUCUUUGUUUAGAUGAUGUUGAAAUAACACCAUUUGCCACAAAAUGUCUAUUUAUGAUUUGAACUUGUUCUGUUAUUUAUUAUCUGUGGCAAAAGCUGCAAUAGUACUUGUUUGUGUCUGACAAUGGGACUUGUACCACAGUGUUGCAGAAUCUGCAGGGGAAUUUCCUUCAUCUUUCUGUCUUCAGAGUCGACACUGAGGCUUUUUCUGGAAAACCAAGGUCACGAUUGUGUUGAAAAAGCUGAAGGUGACGGCUGAACCAGCAUAGCUUUGUUGGUGAGGCCAUCGGGUGACUGCAGCCAGCAGAGCAGAUCUCUUGACAGAAUAGGGGACCCCGUGUUGCAGGGCUGGAAAUCCGCAGGACUCUAUUCAAGAUUUAAAGACUAUAAAUGUGACACUUUUAACAUUUCUUUCAACUCAAAAGAAUACUUAUAUAGGUGCUGCAUGCGUUAUCUGUAAACUUGUCUCUGAGUAACUAUCAGGCUCUUAACUGCUCCUAAUCUGUAGCUGUGCUCAUGACAUCAAUAAAGCCCUUUUGACUUGA